AGCAUCGUUUGUUUUCAUUGUCAGUUAGUCUUAAAGAUUUUGCGAGCGACUUUUGUCGCAUUCAAGUUAUUUCGGCGCGUGAAAAUUCAAAGCCCAUUUUGUUUUGUUUUGGUAUUGAUAUUUGGUUAAACAUCUCAACAUCAACCAUAAAAAGUUUAAAGACAUCGAGCUUUAAAGUGUAAGAAUUUUAAAUUUUAUAAUAAUUAAAAAAAAAACUAAGAACGACGAACUAUUUGAGUCCUUUUAAAGAACGAAAUGUCUGCAAAACUAUUGUCAUCAUCAUUUCAUAGCACACCAAACGAUAGCUUCAAGGUGGGCGAAUUCGAAAGACGUCUAGAUGCAUUACUUGCCGAUUUGCAGAAUAGUGUUCCCGGUCAUCAACCGCAACAGUAUGGUACGACAACACAAACCAUAACGACAGUACAGCAACAGCGUCAAGUACCUCAGCCACAGCACAAUUACAUCGAAUCAUCAUCGGGCUAUGGCAGUCUUCGAGGAAAGGCUCCCCCAACCCAGCCAAUCUAUCAAGAGCAUUAUUCGGAGACACGUACAUCGGUAUCGCCAUCUGGCGGCUACAAUGGCCCACUCAACUCCACAUCUAGUCAGUAUCAAAAUCAAGGAGCCAUACCACGCCAGCCAUAUAAUGGCAUCAAUGGAGGUGGCCCUUCACAACAGUUGAAUACGGCGAGUAAUUUAUCCGAAUUGGAUUCAUUGUUACAAGAUCUGAGCAGUGCCCGAUACAAUGGCAACGGUUACGACAGGAAAGAUAAUUCCGGACCUCCAGGAUUCCAUAGUACACCGUCUUCCAAAUACAAUACGUAUAAUAGUUAUGCAUCCGUAGAAGAACGUCCCACAGUUGACAGUCUAUUGAAUGAAAUGGAUAACGCUUCGCUGUAUGCCGUUCCGAAUGGAGUUCGAGGCAAAUCUCCAACUCCGGGUCGACAUGUUACUAUUACAGUGCGGGAAACAAAGACAGAGAACCUUGCUGGACCGGAAGGGCCAGUGAGACAAGUUGAAGAAAAGGUUGUUAGACAAAAGGACUCGUUCACUCCCAACAAUUCAUCACACCAAGCCUACGCCUCGUCCGCCACAAAAGAAUUGGAUGAUUUAAUGGCUUCACUUUCAGACUUUAAGGUGAACAACGGUUCCAACCACUAUCACCAAACAAUAACGGACUACGCCAAACCCAACAAGGGCACUUCACAUCUAACUCAGACCAUUACUGAAACCACAACUUCUACCGUCGUAGAAGACAAUCAACCGGAUCAGUUGGAUUCUAUGCUAGGAAGCCUUCAGGCCAAUAUGAAUCGUCAAGGUGUCAACACUGUACAAAAGGGCUGCUGCAAUGCCUGCGAGAAACCCAUUGUGGGUCAAGUGAUUACUGCCCUGGGCAAGACCUGGCAUCCAGAGCACUUCACUUGCAACCACUGCAACGAGGAAUUGGGCACACGCAACUUCUUCGAACGCGAUGGUUUCCCCUACUGCGAAAAGGACUACCACAACUUGUUCAGCCCCCGCUGUGCCUAUUGCAAUGGAGCCAUUUUGGAUAAAUGCGUAACUGCCCUGGAUAAGACCUGGCACACGGAACAUUUCUUCUGUGCCCAAUGUGGCCAGCAAUUCGGUGAAGAUGGCUUCCAUGAACGUGAUGGCAAACCCUACUGCCGCAACGAUUAUUUCGAUAUGUUCGCUCCCAAGUGCAAUGGCUGCAACCGUGCCAUCAUGGAGAACUACAUCUCUGCCUUGAACUCCCAAUGGCAUCCCGACUGCUUUGUCUGCAGGGAUUGCCGACAACCUUUCCAGGGUGGCUCAUUUUUCGAUCACGAAGGUUUGCCCUAUUGCGAAACGCACUACCAUGCUAAGCGUGGAUCAUUGUGUGCUGGCUGUUCAAAGCCCAUCACUGGUCGUUGUAUAACAGCCAUGUUUAAGAAAUUCCAUCCGGAACAUUUUGUCUGUGCCUUCUGUUUGAAACAACUCAACAAGGGUACAUUUAAAGAACAAAAAGAUAAACCCUACUGCCACACUUGCUUCGAAAAGAUUUUCGGAUAAGAGCCGCGCUCAUAAACAACACAGUUUUUAGAGGGGCGUUAUGCGGUCCUUAGAUGUUGUUUUCUUUAUUUAAUACCAGACGUAUCCUAUCGGUAUUUACUACUAAAAUCAAACUGAAAAUAGACACAAUAUUUACACUCGUUCAUACAUACAAACUUUUUAACCUUGAUCUAACCAACACAACAAAACUGCAACAAACCAACAACAUCAAACGAAAAUAAAUACACAAACAUGUGUUGAUUUCAUUAAUUUACUUAUUUUAAGCAAUCACACACAGAGUUCUCCUUCCAGCACACAUACGUAGCUGCAUUAUACCCAUACAUAGGGAUAAACAUUAGUUGAGAUAUUCAAAAAGUUGUUGAAAACAAAUCGGUCAUUAUUAAAGAAUGCCAACAACGAGGCGAAGUGUGUGUGUGCUGUCAUGGAUAUAUGAACAUAAACUAUAAUAGAUAUCCUAUCUUUGGUACAUUUUUUACUUUUGUGACAAUAAUUUAUAUAUUUUUGUAGUUUUCUUUCAAUAUGUAUUUGUGUUUUAUUAUCUUUGUGUUUUAUGUAUGCACACUUUUCAUUAAUAAUAAAUAGAUUUAAGUUUU